AUGGGCAUCGAAUUGGACGAGAAGGCCAACAUGGUUCUGGACACGGCGGGCAAGAACAACGGCUGCGUCAAGGGCAAAGCCUACUUUGAUUGCAAGCCGGACUACGGAAUCUUCGUAAGGCCCACGGCCGUAGCGAGGAUUCCUCCGGGGAGCAGAAGAAGGUCUUCUGCAGUUCCGGAUGCUGCGCUGCAGCCACCGUCCGCCCCAGCCUCGCCCAUCAAGCAGGCGCUUCUUGGGCUGCCGCCGUCUCCGUCGGCGGCAGCAGCCGCAAGACGAAGCAGCCUUCGAAGCAGCAGGAGAGAGGAAGAAGGAGAUCGUAGCCGGGAAAUUCAGAAGGCCGGCGUGCAGCUGGAACUCGCUGAGGCUAUGGAGGACCACGAUGUGGACUCUAUUCGCCGCUUGCUGCCAGCUGCGCAAAAUCUGGGCAUUGCACGAGAAGAGAUCGCAGCAGCAAAGCGGAUAUUGAGCUGGGAGCUCAAGCAGACCAUGCAGAUGGAAGUCAGCGCCGUCAGCAGGUCGGUCUCGGAGCUCUCGGAGGCUGUUUUGCGCCUGGAGGCGGUUUCGUCCAAGCCUGCCACCAGCUCAGCUGUGAGCCGUCUCGGUGAAGAGCUUGAGAAGAGAGUAUGGCAGAGUUUGGAGAGCAAGAUCCAUCAGAUCGUAGACGGUGUUCUUUCGAGAGCUUCGAAAAGAGCUGGCAAGACAGCUUCACAUCCAUUAGAGGCCUAUGGCUUCGAGCAUUUCGAUCUCAAUGGCGACGGGAUAGUCACCAGAGAAAUUUUCGAAGAGGCUCGCAAGAAGAUCAUGGCAGGCCACCUCGGGGAGCCGAAGGCCACUGCCAGCUGCGAGCCCGCGGCCCUCCCAAGGCCCUCCGAGCCAAAAGCUACAAAAAGCCUCAUGCGAUACCUCUACGCUCGCGCGGCGCGACGCGUGCAAACGCUGGAGAACCACGAGGCCACGCGCUUCGUGGUCGGAAGCUUGUUGAGCAGAGGAAUGCAGAGAGCGCUCCUGCUCGGACCUGCAUCGGAUGCUUUGGCCGAAGCAAAGCGAGACAUCGCAGCCAUUCGGGCGUCCAGGUUGCGGAUCGAAGAUGCGACGAGGAAGGCCGAGGAGUUGGUUCAUGCAGCUUCAACCAGGGUGCAGGCCGCCGCGCGUGGGCGACUGGUCCGUCGCGAGAAGGAUCUUGUGAAGAAGAGCACCAUCACUCUUCAGCGGGCCCUUCGUCGGCUGAAGCACCGGAGACAAGGCAAGAAGGUCGACUUUUCUGCGGUGGUCGCGGCCGCCACAGACCAGCGAAAGGAGUGGGCCGUGGAGUUCGAAAGAGCCGCUGUCGAUGGCACGCUGCAGGAGCACGCCUUCAUAGAAGCUUUGCUCCGAUCCUGUCCGAUGAAGGUGUCGCAGGUCCAGGCCGAGAAGUUGUGGGCUGGCUUCCUGGAGCACAGUGAAGUCCCGGGGCCCAUGGCCAUCACCACUUUCUGGGCCAUCUGCGAGGCAGUGGAGCAAGGCGACGAGCUGGCAGCCGACUUUGCGGACAUGCCGGUGGAGGAGUAUGCUUCCUAUGGCAGCCAAGCAACUCCCCAAUCCGAAGAACAGAUGCGUGCGGCACAGAGAAUCCAAGCCGCCCAGCGGGGUCGUCAAGCCCGGCGGCACCUUGAAAGCUUGGAACAUGGCUUCUUGUGCUCUGUGUGUGUGCUACAUUUCCUUUGUUCGCUAUGGAAGCAUGGAGGCAUGGAGGCGUCGGCUACCACCAUGACGACGAGCACUGCCACCAUAUGCCACCAGUAUUAG